UUGGAUUUAAUAAACGAUCAGUUCAUCAGAACGACCAUCCUGUACUGCUCGUGUGUAAUGGAGAGGAAACUAAUCGUCUUCAUUCUAUUGCUAUACAGCAGCCAUGGUCAACUCGUGGACAAGUUGUUCCCAAACCUGUCAUCUUCAGCGCGGCAAAUUACGAAUACUCUUGCAAACCAAUCAGUCUUUAAUACCCUGACGAAGACUGCUGGCGAUGUCCUCGUGGAAACGGUUUACAGCAUCACUAGUGUACCGGUAGCACUGGCUCGAGCAGUCGGCUCUGUAGAGAUACCGAAUAUCAUCAAUGGCAGAAAUAAUAUGGAUUUCGACAGGAUUCUAGGCGAAUACAAUUCUGGAUUAGGUAACGAGGAUGCCACACUCAGUAUUGAUCAGCUUAUUGUGAAGUAUGGAUAUCCAGUUGAGAAGCACAAAGUUAUCACCAGCGACGGUUAUGUUCUGACCUUGUUCCGGAUCCCGGGGAAUGGCUCUGUCGUUUUCCUCAUGCAUGGUCUGCUAGGAUCUGCUGAUGAUUACGUGAUAGCGGGACCUGAGACCAGUAUAUCAUACCUGUUAGCCAAUGAUGGAUAUGAUGUGUGGCUGGGCAACGCUAGAGGCAACAAACAUUCGCGUCGUCACGUCAGCCUUCAACCUUCAGAGGCUUUGUUCUGGGAUUUUUCCUGGCACGAAAUAGGUGUCUAUGACUUACCAGCAAUGAUUGAUUAUACCCUUAAAGUGACCAAAAAGACGUCAUUGCAAUAUAUUGGUCAUUCGCAGGGUACAACCAGCUUCUUCGUUAUGGCAUCUCAGAGGCCAGAGUACAAUAAGAAGAUCAAGCUCAUGAUUGCAUUGGCACCAGUUUCUUUUGUAUCACACCUGAAAUCUCCAGUCGUCAGGCUGGUGGCUCCUGGAACCUCUUUUAUUCACAUUAUACUGAAAAGCUUAGGUCUUUACGAGCUCUUACCCGAUAGUCCGGUAUUUCGUGUUUUAAAAACCUUAAUGUGCGGUGUUGGGCCAUUGUCAGAGGCCUUUUGCUCUAAUGCGUUACUAUUGACUGUUGGAUUUGGUUUUUCUGAGCUGAACAUUACGAAUUUACCAGUAAUUUAUGGUCACGAGCCUUCUGGAGCAGCUAUAAAGCAGAUAGCGCAUUAUGGCCAGGGUUUUCUGUCGGGCGAAUUCCGACAAUAUGAUUACGGUUCACAUUUGAAUUUAAGAAGAUAUGGUAGUGUAACACCACCUAAUUAUCCACUUGAAAAGAUUUCAGCUCCUGUUGCGCUGUUUUACAGUAAUGACGACUGGAUCUCACAUCCUGUAGAUGUUAAAAAACUAUACAAUAGGCUUGGCAAUUGUAUUGAUUUAUACAGAGUGCCGCACAAUCAGUUCAACCACUUGGAUUUCAUUUGGGCGAAGAAUUUUAAGAGUCUCAUAUACAAGAGAGCUAAGAAGCUUCUGGAGACUUAUACUUAA